AGGUGUUUGUUUGUUUGUUUGUUUGUUUGUUUGUUUGUAGGCUUGGGGCCAUACUCGGCGAUGCUCAGGGCUUAUUCCUAGCUCUGAGCUCAGGAAUCACUCCUGGCGGGGGUCGGGGUGCCACAGGGAUGCUGAGGAUGGAAUCCUGAGCAGCCGCAAGCCAGGCAAACAUCCUACCCGCUGUUCUAUUGCUCCCGCCCCAAGAGAGCUAUUUUUGAGACGUUUUGGGGCGGGAAAAGCUGAAACCUCUUCCUCUUCUUGGGGGAAGGUCCUAGCUGGCCCGCUACCCACAUGCCCUCUUUCUGACCCGCAGUCUCUGAAGACCAACGGGCCCCGCCUCCCCAGGGCGCGGAAACUGGCGAGGUCCCGAGGGCUUCCCGUUAUAGCUCUGUUUCCACUCCGCGUUCCCUCCAGGACCUGGGCUGAGCGAGUUUCUUCCAUGCCCUCGCCUCUCUCCCCACCUCAUCUCCAAGCUCCCUGUGCCCCCCCGGAACCGUGUUAGCGUGCAGGUGUCCAGCUCAGCCUGGACCCCCUCUUUCGGGCCAGGUGUUCAAGUUCCCAGACCCCAGCCAGGCUGGGGCACCCCCGCGCAGCGUGUCCCAUUCAUCGGCGCCGCAGCCGCGGGAGUUUCUCAAUGGAAGGGGGCGGGGCUCCCGGGGGCGGGAGGGCGGGGGCGGGGCGAGUGGGCUCCCGCCCUCCCGGGGUCUCACCGAGGCCGAUCCCACGCACCCGCCAGUGUUUCUGAGCGUCGGAGAUCGCGGCUGGGCAGACUCGAGCAGCCCCAGACCAGCGAGAGGGACUGGGGUGCGAAGCGGAGAGAGGUACCCGCCAAGGAAGGCGCUGGCAAGGAAGUUGGUGCAAGUCUGAAUCUGGGGCCUGACUCGCUCAGGAUGCCAGUCUGCGUCCUCCUCACCCUCCUCUUCUGCCUCGAAGGAAAUGCAGGAUCUCCACACUUCGUGCAACAGCCAGAGGAUCUGGUGGUACUGCUGGGGUCCGAGGCGCGCCUCCCCUGUGCCCUGAGCGAGUACAGGGGGCUGGUUCAGUGGACUAAGGAUGGGCUGGCUCUAGGGGGCCAAAGAGACCUGCCGGGGUGGCCUCGGUACUGGAUAUCAGGGAGUGGAGCCAGUGGCCAGCAUGACCUCCACAUUAGACCGGUGGAGCUAGAGGACCAAGCCACGUAUGAAUGUCAGGCUUCACAGGCAGGCCUCCGCUCCAGACCGGCCCAGCUACAUGUACUGGUGCCCCCAGAGCCCCCCCAGGUACUGGGUGGUCCCACUGUGUCUCUGGUUGUUGGGGUUCCUGCAAAUCUGACCUGUCGGAGCCGUGGAGAUGCUCACCCCUUUCCUGAGCUGCUCUGGUUCCGAGACGGGGUCCGACUGGAUGGGGCCACCUUCCGCCAGAUUCAACUGGAGGAAGAGAGCACUGGCUUAGUGGAGAGCAUCUUGUACUUGACCCCUUCCAGCCAGGAUGAUGGAGCCACUUUGGUUUGCCGUGCCCGGAACCAGGCCCUACCCUCCGGGAAGGACACAGCUGUCACCCUGAGCUUGCAGUACCCACCAGUGGUGACGCUAUCUGCAGAACCACAGACUGUGCAUGAAGGAGAGAAAGUCACCUUCCGGUGCCAGGCCACCGCCCAGCCUCCGGUCACUGGCUACAGGUGGGCAAAGGGGAGCUCCCCGGUGCUCGGGGCCCGCGGGUCAAUUUUGGAGGUAGUGGCGGACGCCUCCUUCCUGACCCAGCCGGUGUCCUGCGAGGUCAGCAACGCCGUGGGUAGCGCUAACCGCAGCACCGCGCUGAACGUACAAUUCGGGCCGAUUCUGCAGGCAAAGCCGGAACCCGUGUCCGUAGACGUGGGGGGAGACGCCUCCUUCAGCUGUGCCUGGCGCGGGAACCCGCUCCCGCGAGUGACCUGGACCCGGCGCGGGGGCGUGCAGGUGCUGGCGUCCGGGCCCACGCUGCUUAUUCCGUCGGUGAAGGCCGAAGAUGCAGGCGACUACGUGUGCAGGGCCGAGCCUGGGCUCUCGGGCCGCGGGGGAGGCACCGCGGAGAUCAGGCUGACCGUGAAUGCUCCCCCCGUUGUGACUGCUCUGAGUUCCGCACCCGCCUUCCUGAUGGGUCCCGCGCGCCUCCAGUGUCUAGUCUUCGCCUCCCCCCUCCCAGAAGCCGUGGUCUGGUCUUGGGACGAUGGCUUCCUGGCUGCGGGGUCACAGGGCCGGUUCCUGGUGGAGACAUUCCCGGCCCCCGAGGGCAGUGGAGAACGGAGCCCCGGCCUGAUCUCUGUGCUCCACAUUUCCCACACUCGAGAAUCCGACUUUAAGCAAGGCUUCAACUGCACUGCCCGGAACCGGCUAGGAGAAGGAGGCGCCUGGGUCAGCCUGGAGGGUAGAGCCCCGGUGCCCUCUCUGCAGAUCGUGGCUGGAGGAGUGGCCGCGGCCAUGGCCCUCCUUAUGACCAUCAUUGGCUUGUGCCUCUGCUUCUGUCGCCAAGGCAAAGCCUCUUUCUCAAAGCAAAAGAACCUGGUGCAAAUCCCAGGCAGCAGCGAUGCCUCCAGUUCGAGGGACCAGGAAGAGGAGGAGACGAUGGGCAACAGUGGAGAGCAGGGGACCCCCAUGCACACAGACCACAGUGACCUGGUCCUGGAGAAGGGGACUCUGGAGAAUAAGGACCCAACCAAUGGUUAUUACAAGGUUCGAGGCGUCAGUGUGAGCCCAAGCCUGGGUGAAGCAUCUGGAGAAGGAAAUUUCCUGCCAUCUCCCAACCCCUCAGGACCUCCAGGAACCCCUACCUACCAUGACUUCAGCCCGCAUCUUGCCAUGGACCUCCUGCAAAGACAGCACAGAGGGGACACAAACUAUCUUCCCACACACAGUCCCAUCCCCCCGUGCAGACCCUACCGAGACCGGACCAGCUAUCUUACCACAUCCCGGCUGGUGCCCCAGUGUAGGCCGUACAGAGAUCCAGCAGGCUCUCUCACUCUCCCCCGGCCUCAGCCUCAAGCUUUCAUCAACUACAUCAAACCCACAUCCUUUGGCCUCCCAGAUCUGAGCCCGGGGCCUCCCUGUUGCCCGUAUGCAGUCUUUCCCACGCCGGGUCACUCUCGUCUCCAGACUCACGUGUGACAAUCCCUCCAACUGAAGAAUUUCAGCCACUAUGGAUUGUCCUGAUUUCUAAGGAACCACGAGUUGAUGACCUUACUCCUCCAAAUUUGAACAUUGCUGAGAGGGAGGGAAAGAUGAUUACAAUAAUCUGGGUCAUCUCAGCCAAAGGGUGAGAUGGGCAUAAAUAAGGUGGCCCCUCCAUGCCUACCUGUUCCAUGUGUAUGAGAUUUAAGAUGGACAGUGAGCCCUUUGCAGAGGAAUGAAGACAAGGGGUGAAGGUGCUUUGGGGGUGGGGUUUUUCAGACACCAAAAGUGUUUCCAGACACUAAAAGAAGAAAUUUCCUUCCUUCCUUCCUUCCUUCCUUCCUUCCUUCCUUCCUUCCUUCCUUCCUUCCUUCCUUCCUUCCUUCCUUCCUUCCUCCCUUCCUUCUCUCUUUCCUUCUUUCUUUCUCUUCCUUCCUUUCUCUAUUUUUCUUUGGGGGGGCACAUCAGACAGUGCUCAGGGGCUACUCCCUGCAUGGUGCUCAGAAGUUCCCACUGGUGGUCAGGAGACCAUAGGUUGACCAGGGAUAAAAACUGCGCCUCCCACAUGCAAAUCUAUCUUCCCAGCUGAAGGCAGUAAUCCAAGAUGACCACAUUCAUUGAGAAGAAAGUUAACAUAGGAAAGACUCAGAUAAGGCCAAACAGGAGGUCUCCUGGCUCUCUCAGAGGGGCACUUUGCUUUCCCAGUGGCAGUGCUUUCAGGUCUGUUCACUCCCUUGGAACCUGAGAUGCUCACCAACUUGAUUCCUUCAAUCUGCCUGAAGGAAUUGGACCCAAGGCGUGAGUACGAGACAGGCAGUAGGAGUGGGGAGAAUCUCAGGGUGAGAAUAUUUAUGUUUAAUUUUAAAUAAUGUUGAAAAAAUGGAGUGUUUUCGGGAUUCUCCUAGGGUUACUCUAUCAAGGAAGGAAUCCCUGAAGCCUGCUCUGAGGCCCUUCCUCUUUCCUGAGCUGUGAAUGGCUGUAGGAGCCCAACCAUGCACCACCCCUCAGGCUCAGGCUUCCAGUUUAGGCCUUCAGCCUCUUCUUCAGGGAGAUGCUCCCAAGUAGUGCUCAGGGAAUCUGGGAUCCUUCCCAGGAAUUCUGUCAAUCAGAUGGUGGUUCAAUAUGGGACUCUAAGGAGGCAUUACUGCCUGGGCCCUAGGGUGUGGAGAUUACCCAGGUCGCCUUGGUGGCAGGGGGGCGGGGACAGGGACCUCCAGGGCAGCCCCAGCAGAUAUUCUGGAGACCGUGGGGCUUUCCUCACAACUGCCAGAAAAAAAUAGGUAUUAUUCAGCAUAGCACAAGGACCACCAUUUUUAAGUAGUAGUCAUUCUGUACCCAAAGCUUGCUUAGAGGAAAAUUUGUACAGCCAUGACCAUGGCCUUGAGGCAUAUCUCAGGAUUACAGAGUUAGCUAGAAACCCUGACGCACAGCAGGAUGUGGGAACCUGAGGUCCGCCAGUCCCCAGAAAGAGAUGAGACAUGAACCCCCAGAUGGUAAGAACCAAUAGGAGUUUGACAUGGCACUUGCCCAGCACAAACUAGCUGGAGGUGGCGAAUCAAGUAAAAGGUCACCAGGAAGUUAGUGAGACCACCAAGAUCGGGCAACUUGCAGGAAUGAGGGAUAAAAAGGGUGUGAGAACAAAGGAGCAGGGCGCUCUCCUACUCAGGGGACGGCCCUGACCGGUCGGCUUUCUGAACUCAAUGCUUGCUUGACUUGUGCCGAAUAAAACUUUAUACUACAAAGCUCUUUGCUUUCUGUGAUCUUUUGGAUAUCGGACCCUAACAGAGACCACCCGGUGCAGGGGACCAAAUGGGCCAGCUGCAUGCAAGGCAUUCUCCAACCCCUGUGCCAUC